AUGCUCAAGCUGCUCCUGCUCCUCCCCUGCGUAUGUGAUGCACACGCGAGGCUCGGCGCGGCGUCUGCGGCUCUCGCGUCGCCGUCUGCGGCUCUCGCGUCGCCGUCUGCGGCUCUAGAACUGACGCGCCUGCCUCGGACCCUUGCCGCCGAGACUCUGCAGCUCGCUGCUGCGUCGCCGGACGCUGGACUGAUCGCCCGCUGGCUCGGCUUCCUCGUCGGCGCGGGAAGCCUCCUGCUCUACACGCCGAUCGCUGCGCGCGUGUACCGCCAGCGAAGCGCCGAUGGCCUCACUCUCUCGACGUGGCUGCUGUCGUACACGUGCUCCGACGCGUACAGCUUUCGGAACGGCUACCCACUCUCCACCUACAUCGAGACGCUCAUCAUCACCGUCGAGGCGUGCGGCGUGCUGCUGCUCGUCGCCCACUUCCAGCGGCGGCUCGACGCGGCCUUUGCAGGCGCGUUGCCGGCCCUCCCGCUGCGCUCUCCGGAUAUCGAUCCAAGCCCGAAGCGGAAGCCCCUCGCCAUCGCGCUGGGCCAGUCCGCGGCCACCGCGCUCAACACGUGCGCGCUGCUGCCGCAGAUUGCGCAGAACGCGGCGCGGCGCAGCCCGGGAGGCUUCUCGCCGGUCACGGCGACACGCCCCGCGUAG